AUGGCUGUCGGAAAAAACAACAACAAAAUGGGAAAGAAGGGAGGAAAGAAGAAGGUGGUUGAUCCAUUCUCCCGCAAAGAAUGGUACGACAUCAAGGCCCCAGGAAUGUUCAUCAACCGUCAAGUCGGAAAGACAUUGAUCAACAGAACCCAAGGAACCAAGAUCGCUUCCGAAGGAUUGAAGGGACGUGUCUUCGAAGUGUCACUCGGAGAUUUGAACGACUCUGAAGCCGACUUCAGAAAAUUCAAACUCAUCGCCGAAGAUGUUCAAGGAAAGAACGUUCUCACCAACUUCCACGCCAUGUCAAUGACCCACGAUAAAUUGUGCUCAAUUGUCAAGAAGUGGCAUGUAAGUUAACAUUACACCUACAGAACUUUCCUAUAAAAAUAUUUUUUCUAGACUUUGAUCGAGGCUAACACCGCCGUCAAGACCACCGAUGGAUACACCCUCCGUGUCUUCGUCAUCGCCUUCACCAAGAAGUCACCAAACCAAAUCAAGAAGACUUCCUACACAAAGACCUCCAAGAUCCGCAAGAUCCGCGCUAAGAUGAUCGAAUGCAUCGAAAACGAAGUCACCGGUUGCGACUUGAAGGCCGUCUGCUCCAAAUUGAUCCCAGACUCCAUUGGAAAAGACAUCGAAAAGACCUGCUCCAAAUUGUACCCACUUCAAGAAGUCUACAUCCGCAAGGUCAAGAUCAUCAAGAAGCCAAAGAUCGAUCUCGGAAGACUUCAAGACUUGCACGGAGACACCGCUGCCAUCGGAGCUGACGGAGAGAAAAUCGACCGUCCAGACGAGUACGAGCCACCAGUCUUGCAAGAAGUUUAA